ACGUGAGAACAGUUUUUCCGGGUCCGCGUACUGCGCGCCAAACACGGCCACCAGGAAGCUCACGAAGUUGCAGCGACUUUGUGACCGUAUGAAAGUAGUUAUUCUGCAGCCCCAGAGGAGUUUGUCAAAGUAUAAUUGAGCAAUGGAGUCUUCCAGUAAAGCGCCGCUGCAGUCCAGGAACUUACCCUGGGUUGAAAAAUACAGACCGCAGAAACUCGACGACCUGAUCUCUCACAAAGAUAUUCUCAGCACCAUCCAAAAAUUCAUCAGCGAGGACCGACUUCCACACCUUUUGUUCUACGGGCCUCCCGGUACUGGCAAAACCUCCACAAUACUGGCCUGUGCCAAGCAGCUAUACAAGGCCAAGGAAUUCAGCUCCAUGGUUCUGGAGCUAAACGCAUCAGACGACCGAGGCAUCGACGUUGUCCGAGGUCCCGUCCUCAGCUUUGCCAGCACCAGAACCAUCUUCAAGAAAGGCUUCAAACUGGUGAUACUGGACGAGGCGGACGCCAUGACUCAGGAUGCCCAGAAUGCAUUGCGGCGAGUGAUCGAGAAGUUCACAGAGAACACUCGCUUCUGUUUGAUCUGCAACUACCUGUCCAAAAUCAUCCCAGCGCUGCAGUCACGUUGCACAAGGUUUCGCUUCGGGCCGCUCUCGCCGGACCAGAUGAUCCCUCGGCUGGAGUACGUCAUUCAGCAGGAGAGUAUCGACAUAACUCCAGACGGAAUGAAGGCGGUCGUCACCUUGUCAUCGGGUGAUAUGAGAAGAUCCCUCAACAUCCUGCAGAGCACCAGCAUGGCGUACUCCAAGGUCACGGAGGAAACGGUUUACACCUGCACGGGUCACCCCCUCCGCUCGGACAUCGCCAACAUCCUCGACUGGUCCCUCAAUAAAGACUUCAACACUGCUUACAGGCAGAUCCUGGAGCUGAAGACGUUAAAAGGUUUGGCACUGCAGGACAUCCUCACUGAAGUCCACCUGCUCAUCCAUCGAGUGGACUUCCCGGCCUCUGUCCGAAUGGGUUUGCUCAUCAAGCUAGCUGACGUGGAGCACAGGUUAGCAUCCGGCACAAACGAGAAGAUCCAGCUAAGCUCCAUGGUGGCGGCGUUCCAAGCGGUUAGGGACCUGGUGGUCAGUGAGGCCUCUUAGGGGUCACCAAUGGCAGCCUUACAGUCAGUCAGUACUUACGUUGCAUGUUUAUUCCCCACAUCCACCACAAUAAAACACAAAGAACGACACAAA